UUUGACAGGUAAAUACACGUGCUAUUUUUGUGAAUGCUGUGUAUUUUAUUCGUUCGUUAGAAAUAUAAAAAUUAAUAAAAAUGGUGCGAAAAUUAAAGUUUCAUGAACAAAAGCUAUUAAAGAAAGUUGACUUUAUAUCAUGGAAAGUCGACAAUAAUCUCAAUGAGGUGAAAGUUAUGAAAAAGUAUCAUAUUCAAAAGAGGGAAGAUUAUACAAAGUACAACAAAUUAUCACGAGAGAUUCGUGAAUUGGCAAACAAAAUAAAGGAUCUGGACGCUAGCAAUGAAUUUCGAACGGAGUCGAGUGCUCAGCUACUGGAGAAGCUGUAUCAAAUGGGAUUGAUUCCAACGCGGUGGGACCUGGCCUUGGCUACCAAUGUCUCAGCUAGCUCGUUCUGCAGACGAAGAUUACCUUCAGUAAUGGUUAGAAAUAAAAUGUCAGAGAAUAUGAAGGAAGCAACAAAAUAUAUUGAGCAAGGACAUGUUCGAGUGGGGCCAGAAGUUGUGAAGGAUCCAGCAUUCCUUGUGACCAGAGCUCUGGAAGACUUUGUUACCUGGGUUGACGGGUCGGCUAUCAGGAGACAUGUCAUGGAAUACAAUGAUUUGAGGGACGAUUUUGAGAUGCUGUAAAUUCUGAAGAUGAUCUUAAUUUAAGUUAGUAUAAUGUAAAUACAUUUUUUAACAUAAGACUAUGUUAGGCAAUUGAAAUAAAUACUAAAGUUUUAUUUUAA